AUGUCAUCCAAAGCACCCCAGCGCGGUCGCUCUUCUUCGGGGCAGCAUGGCAGAAAUGCAGGAGGCACGUCCACCUCCGAGAGGAAAAUCCAGAGAAGAGACAUCUCUGAAGGACUUAUCGUUCCGCCCAUCGGGACCCUGGACAAGCCGGAAGCCACGGCGGGAGAGGACAUUGUACUCAAGGAUGUCACGCAUGUUGGUUCGUACAACUGGACGAAUGCCAAGAAGCCGACAAUCAUUGUGCCCGGAUCGCCUUCUAUAUGGCGCGACAGACCGUUGCCGUUCACAAUUGCCCCUGACAAAGGGAUACAGUUCAUGGACCAAAACGCGUUCCGAAUGCCCUCCUCUCCACUAUACCCACUGUUCCGCGCAGUUGAUGUAGUCGCAGAGGAGAACGGAAGAAGCGUCAUUUGGCCCGAAGUCGAUUUUGUCACCGACCGAAAUGGACUGCGCAAGCUGCUGAGGUGGAUCAAUAACACCGCGGAUCCAUUCAGGAUUGACAUGCAGCUGGCGGGAAGACGAACGGUCCUGCUCUCGAGGUGGGAGAAACAAGCACGCGUAUGGGCAGAUGGCAAGGGAUACGGUUUUCAAUUUGAGAAGGAAAGCACUCGGAAGGCGCCGGGUUGUGAAAACGGCACCAGUCAUCAUAGUAUAGUGAAAUAUGAUUUGGGGGGAUUGAUAAUCGUUGUGCGCUUUGAGGUAGACGCUUGCAUCUCAGAGCGCAGCGAUCUUGGAUCACCUGCGUCCUCUGAUAUCGACAAUCUAGCGCAUACGCUCUCGGGUGUAAGCGUUAGUACUCCCACUCAGCCCGCCUCCAUCGGCAUCCGCGCUUCGACUACCAAGCUCGACGUCAUCAAAGCCGGCCAGCGGGUUCCCCCAAACUCUGUCAUCGAGAUGACCACGAUGACCACGAUGACGGCCAAGAGCGGGAACAAAUGGCGGGACAGAUACGCUCAGCUGUAUCUCUCCCAGACGCCUCACUACUAUAUCGCCAUGCACCGGAACGGGGAAUUCUACGAGAUCACGAAGCACCGACUGGGUAGUAAGGAGCUCGAGCCAGAGCAUAAGGAGGCUCAGGGUGGGUUCAGGCGACUGAGAGUGUUGCUAGAAAUGAUCCAAGAUUUGGUUGUUGAGCAUGGCUCGACGACCAUGCUGAGCCUUGUUUACCGAGACAAGAAGUUGGAGAUAUUCAAGAGAGAUGACCAGCAGGGUGUUGUUCCCGAUGAUGUCCUCGUACGGUUCAAUGUGUAG